AUGUCUUGUUCAGCUAUCUUUAUUUUGGACUUGAAAGGAAAUGUGAUAAUGUCACGGAAUUAUCGAGGGGACGUGGAAAUGUCUGUGAUUGAUUCCUUUAUGCCCCUUCUGAUGGAGAAAGAAGAUGAAGGUCUUUUAGCUCCAGUGUUGCAAAAGCAUAAUAUCAGCUAUGUUUACGUCAAGCAUCUUAACAUAUUUCUCGUUUCAAUAUCAAAGAAAAAUGUUAAUGUUGCAAUGAUGCUCGCUUUCCUUUAUAAGUGUAUAGAAGUCUUCAGUGAAUAUUUCAAGGAUUUUGAAGAAGAGUCAGUGCGAGAUAAUUUUGUCGUUUUCUAUGAGCUCCUGGAUGAGAUGAUGGAUUUCGGUUACCCUCAAACAACGGAGAGCCGAAUUUUACAGGAGUACAUCACACAAGAACGAUAUAUGCUCGAUAUCGCUCCUAGACCGCCAAUGGCGGUAACGAAUGCAGUCUCUUGGCGGUCGGAUGGUUUGAAAUAUCGUAAAAAUGAAGUUUUUCUUGAUGUUAUCGAGUCAGUUAAUAUGUUGGUUAAUGCUUCUGGCUCCGUGUUGCGAAGCGAAAUCGUUGGAACGAUUAAGAUGCGAGUACUUCUUUCCGGAAUGCCUGAAUUACGCCUUGGACUUAAUGAUAAAGUCCUCUUCCAAACAUACUCAAGAGGCCGAGGUAAAGCUGUAGAAUUGGAAGAUGUGAAAUUCCAUCAGUGUGUACGAUUAUCUCGCUUUGAAAACGAUCGUACCAUAAGUUUUGUACCACCGGAUGGAGAGUUUGAACUAAUGAAUUAUCGCUUAACAACAACUGUAAAGCCAUUAAUUUGGGUGGAAUCUUGCAUGGAAAAGCAUGCUCAUUCUAGAGUUGAAUAUAUGGUGAAGGCAAAAUCUCAGUUCAAACGUCAGUCUAUUGCAAAUCAUGUGGAGAUCAUUAUACCUGUGCCAAGUGAUGCAGAUUCACCUAAAUUCAAAACUUCUGUUGGUUCAGUAAAAUAUGUUCCUGAGCUCAGUGCGUUUGUUUGGAUGAUUCGCAGUUUCCCUGGUGGUCGUGAAUAUCUGAUGCGUGCGCACUUUUGUUUACCUUCGAUUAUAGGUGAGGAGACAGAGAGAAAACCACCAAUUUCAGUAAAAUUUGAAAUUCCGUAUUUUACAACGAGUGGACUUCAGGUUCGUUACUUGAAAAUUAUCGAAAAGAGUGGAUAUCAGGCGUUACCAUGGGUUCGUUAUGUCACACAAAAUGGAGAUUAUCAGUUAAGAAUGCAGUAA